GUAAACAACAACAGUUCAAUUUAUUUUUCUGUAUUCAGUUUCAUCUUUGUUCCAUAAAUCUGAAAGAAACACGCCCACAAUGCUACAGUUCAGCUAGGCAGUUGAAAGGGAUAAAGAACAACAACCGGGAUCAACGGAGCAUACCAGCGAAAUGUCGCAGGCUGCUUCCACGACGCAAAGUGCAGCUGCUGCACCGGUGGGCGGCAGCAGACGCAACGAAGUGGGCGGCGUAGGCGUUAUUGGGACCACCAUGUCGGCAAGAUAUGGAGAGACGGAGUGGGAAGCACGGGAGUCUCAGAGGCAAAGGGAACUGCACGAGGCUCGAGCCAGGGCGGCGCAGAUGGAGAAGACCAUGAAGUGGUGGUCCGAUUGCACUGCAAACUGGCGGGAGAAAUGGAGUAAGGUCCGCAACGAGCGGAACAAGGCCAGAGAAGAGUCAAAGCAGCUGAGCCUCAAACUGGACGGCGCCAUGAAGGAAGCCCACUCCCUGAAGCGGGAGAAGAACGAUCUCGAGCUGCAGAUCACGCAGUUGAAGAAGGAGAUGGAGAAAGUGCACUCGUUGAUGAUGAAGCAUGCCGGCCAGUUCCACCGGGCCGACACAAGCGAAGAUGCGGAGGGUCGGGAUGCCAAUUGCUCGCCGGACAUCUCAUCGGAUGGCUUGAAGAAUGUCAAUAGUGAGGAUGGCUUAGUCACCAAGUUGCCCAGUGAUGUAAAGGACCUGGACAUCGAGGAGUUUGCUCUUAAAGGGGCUAUGCCAAAGCACAUAACUGAGUUGGAUGAGGCGGCGGCUGCCGAAGAGAAGCGUCUAAUUCAGCAGUUGUCUAAGGACGACUUCGACGAAGAUUACUUAAUGCAGAAAAUAUCAAUGCUACAGUUGCGUCUAGACGAGGCACAGAAAACCCUUCAAGCGGAAAGAGAUGAAAAGCUGGAGCUGCACAAGAGCAUCGAGAAAUUAACCCUUGAGAUCCAGGAUGUGCGCGGACGCCAGGAGGAGAUGCGUUCGGCCAAACAGGAGGCGGUGCGUGAACUUCUUACUCUUCAGGAACAGCAUCGCGCUGAGAUGCGCAUCGUUAACAACUCCCUCCAGGAAGAGAUUGCCGCUCGUGAAAAUCUUGAGCGUCGCCUCACGGAACUUCGCACUGAGCUGGAGCACCUUCAGGCGGAGAACGCCUCUGAAUGGGGCAAGCGCGAGCGACUGGAGUCGGAGAAACUGGCCAUGGAACGCGACAACAAAAAACUACGAGCAGAAUUGCGAGAUUAUCAAGAACGUUCCGAUCGCAAGUGUCGACCUAUGCAGGCUAAUGACGUGGAGCUGCGAGCCUUGCAGCAGGAACUUUCCGAGCGCAACAAAGAGAUUAGUGAGGUGAAGAUGUCACACGCCAAGCUAAAGAAGCUGCUGGCCGAAACGAAUACGGAGUUGGGACAUGCCGUGCGUCGUGCAGAACAGUACGAGGCGGAGGUCAAGCGUCUUCGCCAGCGUGUUGAAGAGCUCAAAAGGGAGCUAGCAGGCGCUGAAGAUGAACUGGAUUCGGCAGUCAACCAAGUGCGUCGAUUGCAGCGUUCCAACGAUGAGCUAGUGGGUCAGACUGAAGGGCUGCAGGUUCAGAUACAGCACUUGCAGAACAGGCGUGCUCCGAGUCCCCAGUUGCGGGGAUUGGGCGGGGUGCAGUUGAGGAAUAAGAUUGCCGUGGAACUGCCCAACGAUGUUCUACCGAACAUCAACGAUCUCCGCCAGAUCUUUGAUGACUCGCAGGCCUGCUUGAGGAGCUCUCACAAUGGCAGUGAUGCAGCUGCGCAUCAUGCAGCUUCUGUCAAGAGAUCCAGUCACACGGAGAGGACGCUCCUCCAGCAGCAGCAGAGCAGUGCAGCGGCAUCAGCAGCGGCGGCGGCUGCGGCAGCCGCUGCCUUCUAUGACGCUAAGCCCACGCAUCUGGAGGAGAACAUAUUUGAGUCAAAGUCCCGGAACUUAGAGUUCGAGCGGGCCAAACAGAAGUUUGAUAAUCCACACGGACAGCACCAUCACCAUCAUCAAAGACAACGAUCCGGAAAUGGACGAUACGGAAGCGCAGGAAGCAAUGCCAGUAGGGCGAAUCUCGCUCUGCCGUUGAAGGGAAUGACCAACGGAGGAAGCAGCUCGGCUUCAAGCAAGGAUGAGCUGAACAGGCAGCUUUAUGAGAAGGAACAGGGCGCGGGAUAUGCCAGGAACAGCAUUAAUCUAGAUGGCCUCAAAGUAUCCGACGACGAGACUCCGUAGCUAUGGUUCGACAAGCUUGCUGCUGGACGAUGAGACCGAGGGCAACAGCGAUUAAAAUAAAGCAAAGACAUUCGAAGGGACAGUAAUGGUAUUACACAUUUAGUAUUAAUUUCAAGCAUGCGAAAGUACUUUAAGGUUGGUAGAGCAGCAGCCCCAAAUGUGAUCCGCAUUCCUAGUUUAUAUUUGGGGCUCUUACCGACUGGUUCCUUAGUUGUUUCAUAAGUAAGUUAAAACUAACGCAGAAUGAAAAACAUUUUACUAUAUUCUAAAAUAUUGUAUACUUUUUUACAAAUACUUAUUAAUAAACUAAGAUAUGUUUAGUUUUGGUACUAAUUCCCAUCAUAAGAUUA